ACAAUACUCAAGUAUAAAUGGUGUUUUUUACUAAAAUCUAAAAUUACCUGAGGAAAAAAGUUCAAUAAAAAAAAUUCAAAACCCUUAUCCUCCAUUAGUGCCACCUUCCCAAUCUUCCUCAGCUCCCUCUCCACCACCCCACCACCAGCCACCCUCUCCCCCUUGCGAUGUUCCGCCACCUCCGCCAAAUCCCCUCAAGGCCGAGAUAUUUCCCUACCAUAGGCAUUAUAGGGCAAGGUUAGUGGAAGUUAUUAAAGUAAUUUGGAGGUUGAAGAUGAAGUGUUGUUGUUAUGUUGAAAUGAAGUGGAGAUAGAAAAUGAAUAUGAAGCCAUUAAAGAGUUACGAAGGUUGAAGAUGAUGAUGAAAUGGUGGAAAAUAGUGACAAUGCAUGGUAGUUCGCAAGAAGAUUGGUAGCAUUGGCCAGUGGGGAAGGGGGUUGGUGUAAGUGGCCGGGGAAGGCGAGGAGUGGUGAUCGCAUGAAGGGGAGGGAUUGUGAUGGUGGGUUGGUAGUAGAAGAGAGUGAGGCUGUUUUUUUUUUUUUUUUUUUCAAAUUACCUGUUUGAAUGUUAGAUUAAAAUACCUAUUAGUUGAAAUAAAAAGAUUGGAUUAUUAUUGAAAAAUUAAAAAAUAAUAAAUUAUUUUAGAUAAUUUUUUCAAACAAAUAUCGUUAAAGUAUGAGAAAAAUGCGUGAAUAAGAUAAAAAAAUAAAUUUAAUGUGUUAAUGAGAAUUUAAAAGAAUAAUUUCUAUCAUGACCAAAUAUAAAAAAUGGAAAAGUUUUUGUACUAAAAAAUGUUAUUAUUAAUAAUAAUUCAUUCCCCGUUUCCGUAGAGUAUUUGUACAAAGUUUAAACAUUGUCUUCAUCAGAACCUAACUUUUCUCCCUUAUCGUUCCCUGCCUUUCAGGUUAUUUUUUCUUUCCCUCCAUUUCCAUUUUUUGAGUUAGUGUUUAUUUGUUGUUUGUUUGAUUUAGAAUUUCUGCUGAUUUUUUUUGUAUAUUUCAUGGUUUUUUUCUUUUGUUGUGAUUUAAAAUUUUAGUUUUUUUUUUUAAUUCAUUUCAUUUCAUUUUUGAAAUUAAAUCUGGACCGAAUUGAGAUUAUUUUAAGGUUGCUGGUUUCUAAAAUGGUUCAUGAUUCGUUGCCAAAUCUUUAAACUGAGUAUGAAUUGGUAGUUUUUUUAGGGGUAGUUUGUGGAUAGUUUAAAAAUUGGGCUCAAGUUGAUUUGCUUUUUUAAAACUUCAUUGAAAAUCAUUUAUGUUGGUGCUUAGGUUGUUGUUGUGCUAUCAUCAAGAAGUGUUAACUACUGCACACAAACAACUUAAUUAUGCAAUUUUGUAGAGUUGGGCUUACAAGAUUUACAAUUUUGAAGCUUUGAUUAAGCAAAGGAUUCAGAAUCAAUCUUGAAUUGCCCAAGAUCAUUGGUCAUUGCCCUUGAUUGGGGUUAAACUUUGAAAACAGAAAAUUAGGGAUUUCAAUGCAAGAACAAAGCAAUUUAAUGCAAACGAUCAACACAAGGUUUACCAAGAUUCAGUCAUUGUCAGUUACGUCCUUUCUAGGUCUAGAUUGUAAUAUUAAGAUAUCAACCAAUCAGUGAAGUUCUCCAAGAACUCAUAAGAGGAACUACAAUGGAGGAAGUCCAAGAGUAGGAACUAGGAAUUAUCUUUAAGUGUGUUUAGGCUAGAGGUUUAGUCAUGUAUUUAAGAAUCAAGACUAACCAAUACAUCGAUUGAUACCAAGCUCAAGCCCCAAAGAUCCACCCCAUAAGAGUAACUGCCGAAAGCAGAGCAAACACGCGUAGGCUCCCAAUAGCAUGCAACGAGUCCUCGCUCAGAUAAAAAGAAAAUGGAUCAUAAUGAGACAGGAUGCCAAACACCAGACCAACCAAUCCUUUGCAUUAACAAUUGUGGGUUCUUUGGACGUGCAGCAACAAGGAAUAUGUGUUCCAAAUGCCACCGAGAUACAGUUCUCAAAGAGGAACAAGAAAGGCUUGCAGUCUCUUCUUUUGAUAACAUUUUGAAUGGGACCUCCAAGGGAAAAGAAGCCGUUGCUGCUGCUGUAAAGUCCGGAGAAGUAUUUACGAAAGAUGUAAAUGUUCAAGUAUCUAGUGACUCAACCCUCGGACAGCCUUCCGAGCCAAAGAAAUCUGGUCCAAGAAGAUGUUGCACAUGCCGUAAACGGGUUGGCGUGACUGGUUUCAGCUGCAAGUGUGGAAAUCUUUUCUGCGCCACUCACCGAUACUCUGACAAACAUGAUUGCCCAUUUGAUUAUCAGGCUGCUGCUCAAAGUAUCAUAGCCAAAGCCAAUCCAGUCGUCAAAACAAAGAAGCUUGAUAAGAUCUAAAAUGUUUUUCUAUGAUAUUUUUGCUUAUCGCACUGCCGCUUCCCUUAGUAACGCUUAUGUCUAUAAAUGUACACAGUCCCAUGGAAGCGCAGUCACAGUCCAGUGCACUAGCCCUGUUGAACACAGCGGUGGCCACCUUUGCACUGGUUUGUAAGUACUUAUUUGCUAAAUUGUGGCUCUUUGGUAAUCAAUCUGCAUAUUUGGCCGGCAUAUUAGUGUUCAUAAAUGCUGUAUUGUCAUAUGCUUUUCCUAAUUGCUAUAUAAAUCUGUAUAUUUCUUUUCUGAUAUUUUUUUGUUUUCUACAGUUUCCUAAUCCCGAUUUAUCCAUUGGGCUUUACUAAUUUGAAAUGGUUGACGCUGGUGGGUGAGGCUGAAAGAGUACAGGGUAUCUCUGUUUAGUUACUCGUUUGUAUUGUAGCUUGCUAGUUGCUAUUUUUUCUUGAUGGUCAGUUUGUCACCAUUAGUCGAGCUGUGUAGAGGGUUGAUUUUUGAAUUUUUGUUUUUAAUUAUACAUUAAGAGAGAAUACUGAUAUUCCAUGUAUAAAGAACAGAAGGGAAGGGCAGGGGUAAGAAGGGAUAAUGCACCCUGUGUUUGUUUAUAA